AUGGAAGGAACGCUCGAAAUUAUGGUUGAGCAUGGGAAGUGGAAAUGUCUGGGGAGGAACGUGGCGAUGAUGGAACUGCAUCAGGUCUUCAUCGAGUUGCUGCGAAUGUAUGAUCUGGUCCUGUGUGAACCGACGAAGCCGUGGAAGUCAUUGAAUUACGGGAUGUUCCUGCAGUCUCAGUUCUGGAUCGAGGCAUAUGCCAUAAGAGAACACGUAUAA